ACUUCCGCGGGCACCCAACCGUACGUCCCCUGCGUGCUGACGUCAGGUGCGUGCCCCUGUCCGGCAGUCGAGGAGACCCCGAGCAGUGCUGCCAACGCCCCGGCGGAGAAGCUGAGGUCAGCAUUGAAUUUGAAAUAUUUAAAGUGGAUACAAAACUAUUUCAGCAAUGCAGACAAUUAAGUGUGUUGUUGUGGGUGAUGGUGCCGUUGGUAAAACAUGUCUCCUGAUAUCCUAUACAACAAACAAAUUUCCAUCUGAAUAUGUACCGACUGUUUUUGACAACUAUGCAGUCACAGUUAUGAUCGGUGGAGAGCCAUAUACUCUUGGACUUUUUGAUACUGCAGGGCAAGAGGAUUAUGACAGAUUACGACCGCUGAGUUAUCCACAGACAGAUGUAUUUCUAGUCUGUUUUUCAGUGGUCUCUCCAUCCUCAUUUGAAAAUGUGAAAGAAAAGUGGGUACCUGAGAUAACUCACCACUGUCCAAAGACUCCUUUCUUGCUUGUUGGGACCCAAAUUGAUCUCAGAGACGACCCUUCUACUAUUGAGAAACUUGCCAAGAACAAACAGAAGCCUAUCACCCCAGAGACUGCUGAAAAGUUGGCCCGUGACCUGAAGGCUGUCAAAUAUGUGGAGUGUUCUGCACUUACACAGAGAGGUCUGAAGAAUGUGUUUGAUGAGGCUAUCCUAGCUGCCCUCGAGCCUCCGGAAACUCAACCCAAAAGGAAGUGCUGUAUAUUCUAAACUGUUUCUCCUUUCCCUCUUUGCUGCUGCUUCCUGUCCCACUACUGUAGAAAUAUCGUUUAAAAACGAAGGAAUAAAACCAUCCUGUUUGAAAGCCUCUGCGUCUUUUUACUCACCAUCUUAGAGCAACCUCUGUAUUAGUUUUUGGGCAAGAAUGCAAUACCUUAUAGAAUAUUUUUUGUGAUCAGGAGUCAAAUUGGACAUGUUUUUCUUUCUGCUGCUUGAGUUGCCUGAUGCUCAGAGCUUUUUGGUCUGGAUUACUAUUGCAAAAGGGAACUUGGUCUGGCAUUAAGAAUGUCCUCUUGGAGAAAAUAAGAAGAGUUUUUAAAUAUUUCUAGAUCUUAGUUCUAGAUGGAGAAAAUAACACUAACAUCAUUUUACUCUUAUGAUUGAUUGUUAAUUGUAAUUGCAUGACAAACUUUCAUGGAAAAAAGGUGACCUGCUAGUAGAGCUGUAAUGGGGAAGGGAGGAUUCUUUUUUGGUUUUCCUUUGUGCAGUGAAACUUUGUGUUGCUGUUGCUUUGGCUGUCUGUGCUCUGGUGGAGUAUUUGUCAGUCUGGGGUGGGGAAGAUACUGAUGUAUAUGUGCUUUAUGAGAUGAUUUGUUACAUUAUCUUUUAAGAAUAGCAUCCAUUUUAACAGUUGACUUAAGGUUUGUUAAUGUUGAGAUGUAAAGCUACCACCUUAUAUUUUCCUGCUUCUGAUUUUAUUGUUGUGAGGGAAACAUACAAUUGUGGUUACCUUAAAAUUUUGAAAUUAAAAAAAUACAAUUGUUUGUA